GUACAAGUGACCCCUAUGUGAAGUUUAAACUGAAUGGGAAAACUCUAUACAAAAGUAAGGUAGUCUACAAGAACCUCAACCCAGUUUGGGAUGAGACUGUUGUGCUGCCUGUACAGACCCUCGAUCAAAAACUCUGGAUCAAGGUGUACGAUCGAGAUUUAACCUCUUCAGACUUCAUGGGUUCGGCAUUUGUAGCGCUUGGUGAACUUGAACUCAAUAGAACUACUGAACAGGUUUUAAAACUGGAAGAUCCCAACAGUUUAGAAGAUGACAUGGGAGUGAUUGUAUUAAACUUGAGCCUAGCAGUCAAGCAAGGAGACUUCAAGAGAAAUAAUAGAUGGUCAAGUCGGAAGAAGCGAACUUCAUCCAAGUCAAGUUUCAUGCGGAGCGUGCGACUCUCCGACUCUCUGCGCAAGAACCAGUUGUGGAAUGGGCUGGUCAGCAUCACGCUUUUGGAGGGGAAGAACAUCCCUGGAGGGGGCUUGGCAGAGAUUUUUAUUCUUCUCAAACUGGGAGAUCAAAGAUACAAGAGUAAGACACUGUGUAAGAGUGCAAAUCCUCAGUGGAGGGAACAGUUUGAUUUUCACUACUUCUCUGACAGGAAGGAUAUGUUGGACAUUGAGGUCUGGAGAAAGGAUAACAAAAAGCAUGAGGAGCUUUUGGGAACGUGCCAAGUUGAUGUUACUGCCCUGCCGAUGAAGCAGACCAAUUGCUUAGAGCUGCCUCUGGAAAAACAUCCAGGGUCCCUGCUAAUGCUGAUUGCUGUUGCCCCGUGUACAGGAGUGUCUAUCUCUGAUCUGUGUGUCUGCCCUUUGGGAGACCCCAGUGAAAGGCAACAGAUUUCACAGCGCUAUUGUAUAAAGAAUUCCUUUCGGGACUUAAAGGACAUUGGCUUCUUACAAGUCAAAGUUUUAAAGGCGGUGGAUCUGUUGGCAGCAGACUUUGCAGGUAAAAGUGAUCCUUUCUGUGUGUUAGAGCUGGGAAAUGACAGUCUUCAAACACACACUGUUUACAAGAACCUCAAUCCAGAGUGGAACAAAGUGUUCACAUUCCCUAUUAAAGAUAUUCAUGAUGUUCUGGAAGUGACAGUGUUCGAUGAAGAUGGAGAUAAACCCCCUGAUUUUCUUGGAAAAGUUGCCAUCCCUUUGCUGUCUAUUAGAAACGGUAAACAAAGUUGUUACACACUGAAGAAUAAAGACUUGGAACGUGCUUCAAAAGGAGUAAUUUACUUGGAGCUGGAUGUCCUAUUUAAUCCUGUAAAAGCAAGUAUUAGAACAUUCAGGCCCCGAGAAAAGCGCUUCACCGAAGAGAACCGCAAAUUUUCUAAAAAGAUCUUAUCAAGAAAUGUUGAUCGCGUGAAAAAAAUCACCAUGGCAAUAUGGAAUACAAUACAAUUCCUUCGGAGCUGCUUUCUCUGGGAGUCCACGGUAAAGAGCAUGAUAGCAUUUGUGGUAUUUGUGGUCACUGUCUGGAGCGUGGAACUGUACAUGGUGCCCCUGGCUCUUCUGGUGCUCUUUGCAUACAACUUCUCCCUCGUCACAACAGGGAAGGUCAACAACACCCAAGAUGCCCAGGAGCUUGUGGGCUUGGAUGAAGAUGACGAUGAAGAUGAUAAGGAAUCUGAAAAAAAGGGGUUAAUUGACAGAAUCCACAUGGUCCAAGAAAUCAUCAUAGCUGUUCAAAGCAUCCUAGAAGAAGUAGCAUCAUUUGGAGAGAGGAUUAAAAACACAUUCAACUGGACGGUGCCUUUCCUCUCUGUCUUGGCGUGCUUGGUCCUGGCAGCAGCAACAGUUAUUUUGUAUUUUAUACCACUGAGGUACAUUGUUUUAAUCUGGGGCAUAAAUAAAUUUACUAAGAAGCUUAGAAAUCCCUAUGCCAUCGACAAUAAUGAGUUACUAGAUUUCCUCUCCAGGGUACCAUCCGAUGUUCAAAAGGUGCAGCAUGCUGAAUUGAAACCAUACAGCAGCUCCAGUCCCAUUAGGAAGAAGCGGAGUGCGCUAUAG